GUGCUGAAGUGCAUCUCGCUCUGGACCAGGGCGACCAGCGACGGCGGCAGAGAGGGCGCCAAAAGGACCCCCUGAGUGAGGCACACAUUCUCGGACAUACAAUGCGGGAAAUUCUAUCCGCCAAAGUGUUCUUGCUGACCAUCGUCUUGGUGCUCGGGGUGCCGCUCUUCAGCCUCGGCACAUACCCGGAGGAGGACUUGUCGAUGAAAGCAUACAGUCGACACCUGGAGAUGUCCUACGCCGAUGCCUACGAGUGGCUGGCCAGUCACACCCGGACACAACCGCCACCAAAUUCAGCGAGGCCGUGGAGGAGAUUGGACAUGAUCUCCUUCUACAGCGACUUGCAAUACUUCCCCUUCCGCCUGAGGGGUUAUGCCGCCGACAUCUCGCUCGCCACCAACGGGAUGGAUGUCUUCAUCCCCGGAGACGAUCUCCUGUCAGGUGUCGAGCCGAGCCGCAGGCAGAACAUAGUCCAGCAGCAGGUGAAGGUGUGCCAGCUAGAGAGACCUGGAUGCAUGGACAGAGAGAAGGCUUCGAUCUUUUUCGACUUCACAGAGGCGAAGCAGUACAUCGCUCUCAUGGAGAUCUGGCUGUUGUUACGUUCAUCAUAA